AUGAUGUCAUCUAUAAUUUUGUAAAAUGGCUACCACUGGGAAGCACCAGUGGUAUGUUUACGAAGAUGGCUGUAUUUCAGUUGAUGAACCAGUCAGUAGUGUCACAUACCACUCAUCACUUAACGCAAUUAUUGUAACCACAGACGAACCAGGAGUUAAAAUUUACGAUGUCACAUCAGGAUCCGUGCUACAGAAAUCUGACCUUUCUGCUGCACCAGGUGAGAAGGUACAGACAACCUACCUGGCAGAGAAGAAUGCAAUGGUGUUCACCAACAGUCAGGCAGUUGGGGUCAGGAAGGACCUACAGGGGGUACUUCUCAUCGACACAGCCCUACAAAUGCCACUGUCCUCCCAAGACAAGAAUGUCAGACUGGAGCUGCCAUUGGCUGAAGCAAGCCAGUUGUUGAAAUCUAUCUAUGGAGCAGAGCUCCCAUGUACUGAUGAGACCGCUGUUGUGAUCUCUGAACUCCAGAAACAAAUCAGCAAGGUUCAAGAAGCUACAAAAGGAAACCAUAAAACUGCAAAGUGGGCCACAGUGUGUUUGAACGUCCCAUGCAGUGCCUUGAGGACGGUGUGCAUCUGCCUAACGACAGAGCUGAAGAGACUCAACGUGUACACCCCUGGUCUCUCCAUCGCGUCAGCAGUGAGUCAUCGCCUAGGUUACCUGUCUCCUAGCAGCAGCAUAGAGACACCUGUCAAUGGUCUUGUGGAGAGGUCAGCCAUGUACAGCGAGGCUGCCCGGCAUGAGACGUUCAGCAAGUGGCCACAUAUGGAUUACAAGUGGGCUUUACCAGACCCGAUGGCCCAGGCAGGGUUCUACCACCAGCCCAACAUGUCAGGGGAUGACAGGGCCCUCUGCUUCACCUGCAAUGUGUGCCUAGUGUGCUGGGAACCAACCGAUGAACCAUGGUCUGAGCAUGAGCGUCACUCGCCAUCAUGUCCCUUUGUGAAGGGGGAGCACACUCAGAACGUGUCUCUGUCAGUGACGUACGCCACUCAGCCUGCGCUGCCCCACAGCAGCACGGGGGAUCGGAUAGCCUGUGUGGGCACCACAGCCUGUGAAGACUACCUGGCCACCUCCACAAGCCAUGGCAAUAUAGUAGUCUGGAAUCUAAAACACAAGCUAAAGAAACACUGCCAGUUUGUACUGGAUGUUAGUGAGACGGUGGUUGCCAUGAAGACAGGGCUCCAGGUGGACCGACAGCCCGCAGGGGGUAGGAAGUCUGACUCCUGCGCCCAAAUGGAGGACAGCCUAGAGGCGCCCGGGCUGCAGUCGUGUCACAGCAGCCUAGGUGAUGAGGUGGAUGCAAGGGUGUGUGCCCAGGGUGCGGUGACCUUCCUGGUAGAGGAGAACAGCAAGGCAAAGAACAACACAGGGCCAGAAGUUGCAGUUCACAGCUCUAGACAAAGUCUUGAAAGCCUGUCUUCCUUCACACGACCAAAUGAGGAUGUAGAAGUGACAUCCAUGUGUGUAGUUCAUAUAUCCCCAUCAUCUGAAACAGAGAAUCCAUCAAAAGCAGUCAGAUCAGAGACAUGUAAAAAAGAUAUCAAGUCCAAAGUGAAGAAACGACCAGUUCAGCCGACACUCAUAUGCGGCGUGUCAUUGCGAUGUCCUAAAGUUCAGACCAACUGUGACGACCGCAGCAGGAAUGAUUCUAGUGACGUUCAACUCAUGAACAGGGUGAACGAAAGUGUAAGUGGAGAUACCACCUCUCAAAUCAUCACUGAUUCCAGUUUAUCGCGUUCAGAAUCAGACAGCGAUUUAUUAGAAGCGAAUACAAACUUUUUCCCAUAUUUACUAGUGAUAGCAGUGAAAGAAGACGUACAACAAAAGAUUUGCAAGCAGGCUAGCAUGGACUCCCUGAAGCCAUCUACCAGUCUGGGCAACAUUGUGCAGAGUAUGAGCGGGGGUAUGAUGGGCGGUGGACCAGACUGGUGUAUGGAUGGCCCGAUGCUAGAUAUGUACGACGAUGGUUCUGUUCAGAUUGUGAACGUAGCCACGGGCGACAAGGUUCUCUCACCCUGCAGCCCAACCGAAGGCACGAGUAAACUGGAUGAGAUUGCAGGGGAGAGUGGUAGCGGCCAAAAUGUGUCUUUCUCCGACAGUGCAAUAAAAACACGACUCUCUGGCCAGCCAGCUGGUCAAAUAUUACAAUGUGUUUCUCUACCUAGUGAAUUUCAUAGGGAAAAUUUACAGGUAACUUCUAUUCAAACGUCCCUAGAUAAAGGUCAUCUCAUUGUGGCUGUAUCACCCAAACAGUUUAGGUCGUCAGCUCAAGUAGUGACAUCGGGCGCUAAACAAAGUGAUUCUUCAGAAGCUAGUAAGAGUGAGUCGAGUGGCGACUCGUUUUCACCCACGUGUUUCCCAGCGUUCAAUUUCAGCAGCAGUGUGCAAGAUUCCAAAAGCUCCAGCUCUGGUGAAACUUCAUCAACAGAUGCAAGCUACAGCUCCGAUGGCAACACCAACACCAACAGCUCCUCCGUCUCUGCAGAACCAUAUAUUAAAUGUCCCAGUAAUGGCUGUAUAUUGAUCUACAAACUAAAAUACAACUGUGAUACAAACUAUGCUUCGAUUGACGAAGAACCAGUGGUGGUGCGAUCGACAGAAGAGGCAGAAAAAGGAGUGAAAAGUAUCACUGUGCUUCCUAUGGAGGUCUGUGAACACAUAGAGGAGGACGAUAGCCAUGGUUUCCAUGGUUAUCUCCACAUGCCGCCAUCUGUGACUACUGCGAGGUCAUUAGUGGGCGACAUGGACCUUUACGGACAUAUUGCUGUGAUCUUUACUAGCGGUUCCAUGAAAAUUCUUAGUGUCUGUGAUCUAGGGUUGCUGGCUGCAGUGGAGCUUGAGUCCGGGGAGAGAUUCGUUGAUGUCACUUACUGUUCUGGUAUAGAUCGCCUGUGUGCCUGCACGAGUUACAGGAAGCUGUAUUUCUACCAGCUCAGUGAGGACCUGAUGGAUCAGACCGACAGUGCGCUGGAAGGGGACUUAACUCCGACGUAUGAGCUGCUUGACGGACCGCUGGCCGAGUGCUCCAAGUCGGAAGAAUUCUGGGAGCAGUCACCAAGGGCAUCAGUAUCGGACCUUCUGGCAAAGCAGCCACUUAGUCUUGAGACGCUUAGCCAGCUACACCAGCUGAUACAGUUCGAGAACCUGAUGCCCCGCUUUACGGCCACCGUCCCACCCUGCUGGACCGAGAUGCAUCAGGAGCAGCAGCAGCGACGACACCCACAGCACCUUCAGCAUCAGGGGGAGGCCACCCAGUACACACGUACCUGGAAACUGCAACCAGACAGUAACUCCUGGGACGAGCACCUAUUUGAGAUCGUGCUACCAAGGAUCUGCUGUGUGGGUCAUGUGGACAUGCGCUUCUCCCUGAACCCUCUGUGCCCUAUCACUCCAAAUAUCCAGGUGACACUGCUAAAGCAGAACAUCAAUUCGAUAGGCCGCGGUCAGUCGCGGGCAGAGCCUCGUGGGGUUCAGGCUUCUACACCAGUGGACAGCAAGAUCAACUUCAAUAUCGGGACGUGCCCUGAUGACCGCGCGGAGGGGUUUACGCUGGGAAUAAACAAUGUGCAGGACCCGCAGUUCUUGGAGAAACAUCAUGCUGAGAUUCAGUGUGGACCAAUCAGUUUGAGCGAUUGUCUGGACCUGUCUGGUAAUGGAGGUCUGGUGUCACUGUCCAGUCCUCAGCUCCUUAUGUCCAAGCCACGUUCCUUCCUGCUGCACAUCAAAGGCUUCCCUAGCAAGGAACAAGAGAUGAAACACUCAGAGAAAGCUAAGGAGCAGAAGAAGAAACGCCCCCUGGUCGGGGAGAAGAAAACCUUAAAGGGGCUACUACACAGCUACUCCACGUCAGGGUCAAGUACGAGGCUAGAGAACCUGAGGGGCUGUGACUGGCUCUCAGAAAUCUCCAUCACCAUCAGGAAGACUAGGAAGACUUCUUUACAUAGGGAGAGAUUACAGAGGAACUGUAUGAUAGAGCAGACGAGUUUUCACCAGCACCUCCUAUCUAUUGUGGCUUUUGAGGAUGGCCAUGUGCUGUCAGGGGUCAGCCCAGACUACAUUCAGAAUAUGUGCAUUGACAUUCUGUCCUGGGUGGCCAACAUUCAGAUGAAUGAUCCAGAUACCAGACCAGCCAACAAGUGUGUCAUAACCUCUAUACAGCCUCGACUGAAGUCCAUCAUUCAGGCUUGUUUGAUACAAGGCUCCCGAACCACUGCCCACAAGUGUGCACGGCUCAUUGCCCUCUGUAUGCACUACUAUAAAUCUGCCAUGAAUCAAGACCUUAUCGCCUCGUUCAAUCACUUUCUGCUGGAAGCACUGCUGGAUUGUCUGCCCCUGUUGCUGUGUACUUACUCGGCCUGCGGGAUGAAAUGGUUCUUCACACUGCUCAAUAGGGUCAAGGUCAAGGACGUGACUAGCGUGUCCAAGAAGUGUGCUGAGCUUUUGAAUGAUAUCAGCAAGCAUUUCCAGGAGAGGGCAACUCCUGCCCAUGCGUUAUUGAAAGCUAGGUACAGCCUAAAUGGCCAUCCAUUCGAGUCUGACAUGUUUGAUGCCGACCUCUCAGAUGCUGUGAAGCAGGUCAUUCCAGGGACAGCUCCCAUGUCGUCCUUCACUUCCUCAUUGUCGGGAACCGGCUCAUCCAUGUCGGGAACAACUUCCUCAGUAAAUGCGGGAACCGGCACUUUAUCUGCUGGUCAGCAAAUUGAUGACCUAGAUUUCUGGGAGAUUUUCAACAGCAGCGCUACUGAAAGGUCUCCAAGGAAUACUGUGGAGUAUGCUCGGAAUCUCGUGUUGGGUAUGCUGGAAGUGGAGCCCCUUCAUUUCACAUGUCAUUCUACGAGCGACGGGACUAAGAUGGAACGCUUAGAUAGUGUGGGGGCUGGGGUGGGACCAUCCAUGCUUAAUGCCUUUGGGCUUGAGCAGACCAACACCAUAGGGAACUUGAUAAACUUUGGCGAGUCGAGUGGCUCGACUUUGACCGCCUUUAACCCCACUCACAUGAUGCCUCAUUAUCCAAUGGUCUCUCAGCAGCCUGCAAUGGCGGCCGCUCUGGCUGCCGCAAAGCAGUUUGAUCAGAGUUUGGGCUCGAAGAGUUAUUCGUUGAUCAAGAACAAGGUCCUUACCCAGCAGUCCACACUGGAUAACCUGAUGAGCAAUGCAAUGUUUCCUGGCGCCCACAAAUACCUGGGCAGCAACAGUACGGAGUUCAUGCCAUCAACACCGAAGACGACACCACAGGUCCCUACUCCACCUCUUACACCACCAAACGAGGCCUGGCAACAGAUAUUCAUGAGUGGGGAUAAAUCUGAAACUGCAAAGGCCGGGCCGACAUUGGCAGCACCUCCUAGCAGCCAUCUGAGCCUUCAACCUCCCCCACCACAGGUGUUAAUCAUCGAUCGCAUAUACUCAGGGGCGAGGCGUUUUGUGAUCCUGGACUUUGGUAAGCCCAUCCUGCUGACCGAUGUAGCGAUCCCAAUGUGCAGCGACCUGGCCUCUCUGUCGGUGGACGUGUGGGUGAGGGGUGAGGAGACAGACGGACACAGGCUGGUGGUUGCUGCUGACAUCGGCUACAGAUCGCUCAUCAUGAACAACAUCAUGCCCGCCCCUGUGUGUCGCUACCUCAAGAUAACCACAAUUGGCCGCUAUGGCAGCGGCACUACUAGAUCCAAGAUCCCGAUAGGGGCUUUCUACGGGCACAGCUACAUCCUUCCCUGGGAGCAGCCCUCCAGGGAGGUGGGCCCCGGGGUGGGGCAUCCAGACAUCCCCACCUCCUCCCAGCUCCAGGCGCAGCUCAGCAGCUUCAUCUCACUAUUUGAGGACAUCCAGUGUCGCUACAGUCUGGCUAAGGCUCGUCUUGGAGGUCUGGUACAGCAAGUGGAGGUUCAACAGUACUCACAUCAACACACCCAAUACUACAUGAAGAAAACCAAGAACAAUGAGGAAGAUAACAAUAUCAUACAGGCCUACAACGACUGCCUGCAGCUUCAGUUACAGCAGAACCUUGCCAUGCGGGCCAUCGACCGCCUCCAGGGGGCCCUAGGUCAGCGUGUGCCUGUCACCCAGUACCCAGCAAACACGAGUGUCCUGCUGAGACAGGCGAGCACAGACAAGCUGAGGUGCAUCCUAGAGAACCUGUUGGAGACACUCAUCAGCAUGACGAACACCGCAGACAACGGGUUGACACACCUGCCGCUGUCCCUUUACACAAGUCUGGACCAUCAGGUGUGUGAGAAUGUGUUCAAGAACCUGUGUUUCUAUGGCACCCCUCGCCUGCAGAUGUUGACGGGAAUGGUGCUGGUGCGUGUGUGUGGCAGUCAGGCCUGGUUUGGGGAGUUUCUUGGCAACAUUCUCCAGCAGUACUUCAACACUGAGUCUGGACAUGUCUUCUCACAGGACAGGGUGUUCAUUUUGCUGACGGCUAUGGGACAGAAAUCCAUGCAAGGGCCAUGUGCAGUGAACAUAAUGGAAAGUCUGUUGUCACUUCUGGCUAGGGUUCUCUCCCCUAUCUACUCCUCCCAGACCUCCGGGAUGGUCUCCCCUGCUGGCCAGCUGGACCUCACUCUGAUCGGUUGGAUCCUGUUGUUCAUGUCUCGUAACCUUGACAAUGCAGGAGGGACAGGCAUCGGCGACAGUGAACUGGGUGCAGCAGGCGGGAUGGGGAAAAAGCAGACAGGCAACAGCCUCUCCAACAGAUGGAACUUCAUAGCAGCCACGGGAAAUGUCAAGUCACAUCGUCAGAGCAACUCGGUACGCAUGUACCGGAAAUCGCUCCACAAGCGGCUGCUGUACCACAAACAGAAACUGACAAGCAUUGACAACAUGAAGAAGAGCUUCCUUGCUCAGGACCAAACCCCAGGCAGCAGCGUCGCUAAGCAACAGGGAAAACAGUAUUGGAAAGAGCUUACUAAGUUUGCUUCUACACACCUCAAGGACAUCAUCCAGAUCAGGAAGACGGAUGCAGAGAUGCUGCGCAAGCUCCCACGUGACUCCCGUUUCCAGGACGACAAGAGUGGCGAAGGGCUUGAUGACGAUCAGGAAAGCGUGCAUGUGCUGCCCAAACACAAAUGUCUGCCGGUCAUUCACGGGUUAAUUGCUCUGUUACAAGGCAUGGAUUUUACGUGCAAUGUGGACAUGUUUCUAAUCACGUGCAAGGUGCUUGCUAGAGUGUGUGUCUCCACGCGGCCGGCCAUCACCUUGACAGAGGCUCUCAACCAGGAGCAGUUGGAGCGCCUCAUCAUGCUGGCCGCCAACCUCGAGUUCAACCAUGGCAACAUCAGUUGGGGAGGGCCCUGGGCGGGACACGCCCUCACAUGUCUGCUGCAGGACAUACUGGAAGGUGAGCGGAUCUAUCCCGGCAGUACUCAGUAUGAGGGUGUGACAGAUGACGAGAUAUCCAGUCAGGUGACAGACGAUACCCUGCAGUUCUCCAUGGAUCUCGGUCCCUUGGACUCCACAGUGGACUACAGCACUGGCUCAGCUAAUGACAGUUUGUCAGCAUCAACAAUUGAUCCACCAACUAUAUCGGAUAUACAAGACACAUCUGGGAACCUCAUAGAUUUAUCCAUGAGUGAAAGUAAGGAUGACAGCAGUGUUGCCCUAGAUAAGGACCCUUCAAUGGCCGACAUGUUCUUGCCCAAAGAGGACUCUGACGACGGGUUUUCAAACAAUGAUUUCUCCUCAUACAUCUUGCCCAUGCCGCCGUUUUCAAAGACUAUCCUUAAGCAAGCAAAGGAGAGUUUGAAAGGCCUCAAGGAUGAGGUUGAACAUCUGAAGAAUCUUGGCAAGGCUCCCCUGGCGGACACCAAGCCAGCGGAGGGGUCAGGCAUAGUAUCUUCUGCCAGUCAGCAGACAUUGGGCCUCUCCACUGCACUAGAUGCAAGACUGGAGCUGGGCCUGGAGACCCACAGUGAGCUGCACCUGCGUCAGAUGCUGUUCCAGCAGACAGACACCCUCCAGGGGGCGUUCUACUCCCCCCUGCCCCUCUCCCCGGCCAGGGCCAGCAAUGGGGACCAAUCAAGGGCCUCGCCCACCGAGAGAGACCCCAGGGAAUCUAGCAAUGGAAUUACUCAGCACACCUCCAAUGAGAUGCUCAGUGAAGCCUACAACAACCUGUUCACUCAACUGGCCCAACAGCGGGUCAACCUCGACUCCCUGUUACAGCUGUGGCUGACCCUGAACGAGGAGUACCCAGUCGACGCCUCCGAAAACCAGCCGCAGUUCGAUCCCACGCGUAUUCCCACCAUACCUCUUAGCGUUGCCUCAAUAACCAGUCUGCUAGCCUGCGUUUCCAGCAUGCCCUCCCUUCCCGUGCGAACGUGGGUGCUGGUGUUUCAGAGUUUAACUCUUUUGGCGAAUUUGAAGAUCAGCAAUGAUGAUCAGAGGUCUGUGGUGGUGGCGAUGUUGGCAGACGAGAACCUGGUCUCCAUCAUUACAAGUUUUCUCUCGGGAAAUUCGCUGAACCCUCAGACGUCGGCUUAUGAAUCUAAUAAUCAGGUGGGCCCAUCUCUGGUGAAGGCUUUCCACCUGUUCCUGCAGAGACUUUGCGUGUGUAUCUGUGGAGAGGAUAACAUACACAACCUGAAGGAGAUCAUGCUGAAGCUCACGUACACCUUGUGUGCAGAAAAAGGAGCAUUUCAAUGCAACCUGGGUCCACUAGAUGCUCAGUGCAAGUUCCUGGAGUUCAUACUUGAGCUCUCUUACGACCAGGUGGACAUCAACAACGCCAUCAGCGUGAUUCACUCCAUAAGCAUUCUGGUCAAUAGGCACAUCCUGUGUCAAGAGCGCGUGCAGUGUAGAAGCACCUCGGAUAACAGCGUGAACGCUCGCUCGUGUUUUGGGGGGAUGUUUGCCAGUCUGCUGCGGGGAGGGGAGUCGUCAUCUCGUAAUGGAGACUGCAGCCGGGACAGCCUAGUGUGCAGUCUGCUGAAGCUUGUCAACAAAUUGCUGCAGGUGCACUACCCAGCGUCUGUGGGGAGGAAUGCCAGGAGGGUGUCCCUUGGACUGGAUGGGCAAUCUGAAGGUCACAUGGGUCAAAGUCACAUGGUCCAAGGUCACAUGAGCCAAGGUUACACGGGGGUUCAGGGUGUGGGCAUGUCCCAGGCACUGGCCACCUCCUCUCCACGCACCCUAAGCCUCGUGGGUCAGUCUGACGAAGAGAAAGCGGGAAUCGCCGCCGGUCAGCAGUCUGACAAUGCACAGGCUGGUAGCACCAUGCAGACAGAUGAGCAGAAGACCGAGAGUGCGCAGGCUAAUGGUGGCCAGGAAUGGUUGGGGUCGUAUUCUGGUACAGAGAGGGGCGGGUUGGAGGGCUCCAGGAUCAAUCUAGCUGAUAUUAUCUUGGAAAGGAGAGUCAUCAUGUGUAACUUCAUUCAGGCACUCAGCUACUGCAACAGUAGCACCAUGGCGAUGAUACUUGGAAGUAAGGCGGUACCCAACAACAUGCAUGACACUGUUGCCAUAGGUGACCCGAUCUCCGUUGGAGACGGUAUUUAUCACAUUCUCAUGACGUUGUCUAGACACUGUAGUGAUAGCCGAUGUUUAAUGGAUGCCCUGUUCUCAUACCUAUCUGGAAACUUUGUAUCUCCGGGUACACGAACAUUGUGCAGACUAUCGGAGCCCCUGCUGUGGUUCAUCCUAAAGGUUCUGGAUUCUCAGAAGAUGAUGAAGAUGUUCAUUGACAAAGGAGGUGUAGACGUGGUGUGCCGUAACUUUGUGAACUGCAACAGCCGCAUCAUCAGCACCCACCCCAGCCUGAUCUCCACAAUCAUGCAGAACAUGAACGGACAGGCCAAUGACAAGAGGAGGAAACUCUCCGAGUCGGAAUCCACAGAGGGAAUCCAGAACUUUGCACCUUUAGGCAGCAUAGUGUCAUGUAGCCCUACAGCCAGCCCAGCAGAGGUCCUGAUCGUCUCCACCCCUCAGCAUCGGCGGGCUCGUUCGGCCCCCUGGUCGUACCACUUUUAUCCAGACGAGGCAUGGGUGGACCUGCGCAUCACUCUGCCAUUUGCAGUGCUACUGAAGGAGGUGCAGAUACAGCCACAUAGUCCCGCUCUGUCCACAUGCCCAGCAUUUGUGUCUCUUGAGGCCAGUCAGGAUGGAGUUACGACCUUUCCGCUGUGUGCCCCCAUGAACACUAGCAGCCUGGUCUUCAUCAAGCUGAACCUUCAGCGUCCCGAGGUCGUGACCUCAGUGACCAUACGUUUACACCGGGCGCGUGACUCCAUGACAAUAGGGCUCUCUCAGAUCCUGCUGAUGGGCUACAGUGCGUUCGGGGAGAUUGGUUACAAGUCUAACAAUCCUUUCCUGCCCACAUCUGAAGACUAUGUGUCACGAUCAAGUGUUGGCUGGAUUCGUCUGCUGCACCACUGCCUUGUGUCCCAGAAGGAGCUGGAGGGGCAGGUGGCAGACGCUGCAGCCCCCACGAGGGGCCUCCUCACCACGUGCUCUGCCCUGCUGGUGGCCCCCGUGGCCAGUGUCUACUCCACCACCAUAGAGGCGGUUCUCCUCAAGCUGGGGCUACACAGGGGAGACAUGGGCCUCACACUCAUUGAUAAUCUGCUCAGGAGCAGUGGCUCAGGCAAUGAGAGUGACAUGUCGAUGCAAUACCUGGGCAAGCUGGGCGGAGUGGCUAACGAGUCCACUGUGGAGAUCCUGUACAAGCUGGCAACAGUACAGGACAGGUGGACCUCAGACAGGCUGAAAGCAAUGCUGCAGUGGCUAGGUGACAGCGCAAGGGUGGCCCUGCAGAGGAAGGCAGCCUUCUCGGACGACGGUUUCCGCCUGACCCCCCACCAUGUGACGUACGCUACCCUGCCAGGCCCCGCCUCCCUGCAUGUGCAUUGCAUUGCCACCGCCCUGUGGCAUAGUUGUGAAAACAGAGUUGACUUCAGUCUGAGUCAUCUCAUCACUAAAGAUCUCAUUAGCUCCCUAUAUGAGUGGUCCUGCGUGCUGGGCCCAGAGUCCCACCUGAAGAGAGCUGUGGACUACGUGCUGUGCGCCGUAUGUCACAUCUGCCCGGAUGCCUUCACCCGCAUCAUGGAAUGGCUCGGGAUCGUUAUCACACCAGAGUUCGGACUCUCCGCCUCCAUUUCGGACGACCGCAAGGAUUCUGGUCAGUACCAUGACAUGAUGACGGACGAUUCAAAAGAAGCCAACAGUGUCCGCGUUCUAAACGGCAAUAGUGAGGUGGAACUCCACGAACACGACACUGACGAUCAAACCGGUCCGUUAAUUCUGCAGGAUUUCCAGCACAUGAGUCUGGAUGAGACCCACUUACAGACCCUAGCGCUGGCCUGUCAGUCUACGCUGGCCAACAGGCAGCUCCUGGAGUCUGGUUUCCCGGCGGUGUUGGCACAGGGCCUAUUUGAGUUCUGCAAUCGGUUGAUCUCCAACUUCUCCGACUCAUGGUCUCAGCCGGAAGGGAUCUCAGACUCGAGCAAGAGUCUCAGUGGGACCACGUCAGGGGACAGCACUCAUGCCUCCAGCAGCAUGAACAGCUUGACGGUGACAGCAGACAUGGUUUCGGCUGUUCUCAACUUCUUCUCGGAGAUCACAUGCAUGCCCAGCAUGAAGGACUGGCUGGGAGGGGCGGACGGUAACAUCUUCUGGCCGGUCCUACUCACCAUGCUCUGCAACACGCCUCUACACCACGGACCCAUGGCUGGGUCCUCACUGCCACAGAAGUUUGAGCAGCUGAUUUCCACAGAUGAGAGAGCAAGUAUAGAGACAGCUGCUGUCAUGUUUUUCCGCAAGGUUAUUUCGUGCCACAUACCCAACCAGAUGCUGUUUGCAAAGGUUCUGUGUGAUAUCAUCAAGGGACAGAGCACUUCAAACAAAGCUGGUGUGGGCGUGUGCUCUCUCUCCGGGUACACGCGGCGCCUGUUCCUGCAGGUGCUACUAGAGGACGAGACCAUCCUGGUGGCGUUCCAUGCGGCGCCCGCCCACUACCAGAUCCACGCCGUGGCGGCGCAGGGCUUCCUGCAGCACCCGCAGUUUGGUGCCGGGCGACGCUUCAGAACCAUGCGGGCAAACCUGCACAUGACCAUUGGUGAACUCACCAGUAAAGUCUCAGCAGACAGCCCCAGCCUAGCAGCCCAGUUGUUUGAGGCACAGAACAGCAAGAAGUCUGACGAGUCCAAGGAGAACGGUCACCAGGUUGAGAUCGGCCUCCAGAUGGUAGAUGUUAUAGAGACCAUGGCCCUGGAUAAGACAGAUGAAGGUGAGAAGUCAGAAAGCAGCAACAACCCGACCAGCAGCAGUGUACUAGCCAAGGCCUCCCUGCCACCCCGACCACCCACUAGACGGGGUAGGAACGAGACCACCGCCAACAAGGUGCCCCUUCCCAGCCUGUGUCUCGUACACAAACACAUCACAAACAAGAGCCUGCCGUCAGAGCUGACCCUAAGUCAGCUGCUACACACGCUGCAGGAGAGGGGACUGCCACAGGGGGAGGAGGUACUGACCUUCUGUAUCAACUUUACUGGAUCAGCCCACCAGACAAAAGGACCUGCAGAUUUAUCUGAUGAUGCUGAUGAAAUACCAGAUGAAGUUCUUCAAAGUUCUCCAAUGUUUCCCACACCACUUCAGGUGUUUGCCAGUGUGGGAGGUCUGGCUCUACUGGCAGAGCAUCUGCCCCUUCUUUACCAGGAAAUCUCGCACCAGAUUACCUCCCCUAGCUCAGGGGAGAGUACUCCCAAUCUGACCAAUGGCGGUGAGAAUCCCAACGACUGGGUCACUGUGGAGAACUACCCGGAGGAUUUGUACAUGGUAGGAACUGAUCCUUUAGACUCAGUCCACACGGUCUCCCAGGGUGGCGCUAGAGGCGCACACCUGAGCCACGCCAGCAUUCCCCCACACUCCCUGGUGGCCCUUGGCCUCUUCCUGCGGUUGCCAGGCUACGCUGAGGUGCUGCUCAAGGAGCGCAAGAAGGCCCAGAGCCUGCUCAGACUCAUGAUGGGCGUCACAGACGAUGGAGGCGGAGGACAGAUCCUUACAUCACCUAUAGCCAGCUCUCUGCCCACCCUGCCGUUCAUCGUGCUGAAGUCGCUUUUUGACCAGACGCCCUUGAAGACCGACGACGGGGUGUUCCUGCGGAGAAUGUGCCUCGAUAACGGGGCCCUGCAUCUCAUACUGGCCUGUCUGUCCGUCCUCAGCCAUCAUGCCCCCAGGGUCACUGUACCCGGGUUCCAACAAGAAGCCUACAAUGUCCUGAGUGCCAUGCAAGCCCCAGCCCCGGUCCCCAGCUCUGCUCCGGGCCCGUCCAAUGAGAAGUCCCAGCAGUUUUGGGCCAAGGGCACAGGAUUUGGGACUGGCUCCACCACUUCCAGCUGGGAUGCAGAACAGGCCCUGCUCAGGCAGAAGAGUGAGGAGGAACAUGUGACGUGCCUCUUACAGGUGCUGGCUAGUUACAUAAACCCAGGAAGCAGUGUCCCGGAGAAUUUCUGUGAGGCGGACUUUGAGAGUGCCGUCGAUGUGUCCCUUCUACCUGAGGUGGUGCCUGAGUUACUAAUGCAGUCCAGCUUGGUACCAGCCAUGGCCUCCUACCUGAGGAACGACUCUGUGCUUGACAUGGCCAGACACGUACCCCUGUACAGAGCCCUACUACUGUUACUGCGGGGUAUCUCUGUGCGGCCCAGUCUGGUACCGCUACUGCUACCUCUGGACAAGGAGAAGACUGACAAUGGGGCCACGGCCAUUGGUGAACUCCUCGAGAAGAUGAAGUCUUGUGUGGAUACCUACGCCAGCAGACUGAGGUCUAACAAGGGCAAGCACAGCAGUAUCAAGGAGGAGGAUGGCAACGAGGGCCUGGCUAUGCUGAUACCAGACAUCCAGGAGACGGCCCGCAUCGUUCACGCCGCCACUGAUAUGAUAGCACAGCAUGAUGUGAGUACAGACGAUGAUGGAGAUGCUUCCAGUGAGCAGGCAGAGAAGGGACAGAGUCAGGAGAGUGUGGACCAGAUCUACCUAACGGAGAUGCAAGCCUUGCAGUUCGGCCAGUACGAGAUGGUGACGGAGGAGGGCUCCACUCUCAAGUUCACGCUGAGACACCACUACGAGAACAAUGUAAAGGCUGCGGGUGAUGUGCGCAUUCCCACACGGAUACGCCGCCUUGCCCAGGAGGCUGUCACCCUCUCCACGUCUCUCCCACUGUCCGUGUCCAGCAGCGUGUUUGUACGCUGCGAUGAGGAGAGGCUAGAUAUCAUGAAGGUGCUGAUCACAGGCCCAGAAGACACUCCCUAUGCCAACGGCUGCUUUGAGUUUGACGUGUAUUUCCCAGUGGACUAUCCAAAUGUUCCCCCUAACAUCAACCUGGAGACAACUGGGAACCAUGCUGUCCGCUUUAAUCCUAAUUUAUACAACGACGGAAAGGUAUGUCUGAGUGUUCUGAACACCUGGCAUGGACGCCCAGAAGAGAAAUGGAACUCACAGACCUCCAGUUUCUUACAGGUUCUAGUCUCCAUCCAGUCUCUAAUACUGGUGUCUGAGCCCUACUUCAACGAGCCGGGGUACGAAAGGUCGCGUGGUACGGCCUCUGGGGCGGCCAGUUCCAGAGAGUACGACGCCAACAUUCGCCAGGCAACUGUGAAGUAUGCAAUACUGGAACAGAUCAAGAAUCCCACGGCGUGUUUCCAAGAAGUCAUUCACAAGCACUUCUGGCUCAAACGUCACAAGGUGCUCAAGCAAUGUGAGGACUGGAUCGCAGAAAUGGAGUCGUUCAGCAAUGAUAAACGUACUGGAAGGACUAUCACUCACAGCAUUCUGGCUCUUAAGAAACACUACAGUCAGCUGAGAGAAGAGUUUGCGAAGAUGAAAGCCCCUGAAGGCAUGGAACACAUCGACCCCACCCUGGGUACUCAGGGGCAAGGAGCUUGUGGUCCCAGCUUUGUCUGCGCAGGGCCCAGUCACCUGACCGGGGAGGAGUUGGGGCUGAUAAGGGGCCCAACUAUAGACGAGGGGAUCAUGGGGGGUCAAGAGAUAACCAUGACCCAGGAUAGCAACUCCAAUACAGCCUAUGAACUGGCUACGUCUACAAACUGCUGAUACGUAGGGCAUGGCAUUAAUUUCAUGUGAUGUGAACUGACAGGGAGAUGACAUUGAGAUGUAGGUGAUAGGAAAUACACUCAACAUUUAUUUGAUCAAAUCUUUGUUUUAUACAAGUGUGUCACCAAAAUGCAAAACAAUUUGAUAAAGAUUCAAAUUGAGCAUUUGACCAAUAAUACUGAAGUAAUCAAUACACACAAUUGAAUUGGUUUCAUGUUAGAUCUUUUUGAGAAGGAACCUGUAUGUAUACUGAAAAGUAAAUAUAUAUACUGAUAUGCUUCUAAUUUCUUCAUCUUAAAAGCUUAUUGUUUAACAAAUUAUAUAGUGAGCUUUUAGCUUUUGCAAAUUUCACAUUUGUGUUUACUUUUGUAAAUGCCCCAAUAUAUUGGUGACAAUACACAUAAUAGUACUGUUAACUGCAUUAACUAAAAAAUUUGUAUAUUUUUUUUGAGACCCUAUAGUGAUUGGGUACUGUUACUUGAUUGUCUGACACUUAACAAGUAACUGGUGAAAUUGAAAGCUCAAAUUAGGCAUACAAAUCAGAUUUACUAAUACCAGUUUCAUUUACUGUUAAAAAGAGUUUGAAACACUUAAUUUAAGUCUCUUUUAACUUGAACUACAAAGGACUAAUGCUAAUGGUGACAGGAUGUGAUAUGUUCCUCAUGUGAUAUAUUUGCACAGUGAUAUAAGUGUAUGCUGCAAAUGAGACAGGCCUAGCCACACAUACAUGUUUAAAUGUUCUGUUAAGUAUUUGAUCGAGAAAAAAAAAGGAUAAUUUGUAUACACAGUUCAUGUAAAUAAGCUAUUUUGACUAGGAAUUGACGUUCAAAGUACACAGCACUGACCAUUUAAUAAAAAAUUGAUGACAUUGAUAAUGUGACAAUUCAGAUGUACGCUUUAAUUCAUAAUAAUUGUUAAGUUUUUAAUUCAAGCAGUAUCAUGCUUACAUGUUUCUUAACAUUUAUUAUAAUAAAAACAUGACUGACAUUCUAUCACAAGUGCAAAAGGUCAAUGUGAUUGGAAACGUGAUUCAAUAAACGAGCUGUAUAAGUUGCAUUAGAAUACAUCCUAUUUUUGUGUUGUACAUGUAAUGAUCAGAAAUGUUUGUUCAUGGCUAGAAUGAAUAAACGGUGUCCCAAAAUCAUUUUAACUUAGUAUGUUGUUAAUUAAUUGAUUGUCUUGUAGACUCUUGAGGUAUGUCUAUAAUGCAUAUUAACUUCAUUUGUUAAAGUAAAAUAGUACUAAAUGGUUUAAUAUUAUAUGGUUGUGUAGGGAUUAGAAAUGUAUUAUUGGAUUAUCAAACACAUUUUAAUGUAUGUGCUAUAAGUAUGUUACAGAAUUCUGUGGGAGAAAACAGUGAACAAAGUAACUGAAAACCACAUGCUCAUAGAAGCUUGAAAACUGUCAUAAUAUAUAUAAGUUUAUGAACAGAACAGCAAUAUUUUAAAUAGUUUUUGAUAAAAUUAAAAUAACAAGGUUAAAGUUUUAAAAAGUACUAAUGUAGUACUAUCCCCAGGGUUGGAAACCGGACCUCUUCAAGCAAAAGAUAUAAUGCUAGCACAGCACCAUGCAUGCUAUGGACAUUAUAAUGAUUAUGCUAUGUUGGUUAUGUGCAUUUUGCUAAAUUUGUGAUGAGCAUUGCAAAGGCUCUUUUUUAUGUUCCCUACCACUAUAGUGGAGGACAUAUUGUUUUUGCCCUGUCUGUUGGUUGGUUGGUUUGUGUGUUUGUUUGCUCCAACUUUAACAUUUUGCCAUAACUUUUUCAAUAUUGAAGAUAGCAACUUCAUAUUUGUCAUGCAUGUGUAUCUCAUGGAGCUGCACAUUUUGAGUGGUGAAAGGUCAAGGUCAUCCUUCAAGGUCAAAGGUCACAUAUAAAGCUUUAAAGCAGCGCAGAAGGGGACAUAGUGUUUUUGACAAACACAUCUUGUUUACAAAUGCGAUUCGUGAUUAUCCAUUAACAAACUGGUUACAUGUUUCGUAGUAAUAAAUGCGAUUUCGCCCCUUUGAAUACAAUGCAUACAUUUUUCACUGUAUGACAAUUUUGCUAAAAAUUGUUAUUUUGAGAACUGUGAACAAGUCCCCAUAAUAAUACAGUGAAAAUUACUAGGAAUUACAUGUCAAAAAGGGAAAUUCAUUAUGUUGCAUUUCAUACUUAUGUGUGAAUACGAAAAAUUGACUGCAAUUUAGUUUACAAAGUUUAUCAUGGAAAGAGAUUUAAUAUGUAUGGCCCAAAUCAUUUUGCUUUGCUUUUGAGCUCACCUGAGCACAAUGUGCUCAUGGUGAGCUUUUGUGAUUGCCUUGUGUCCGUCGUUCGUUGUGCCGCGUCCACAUUCGCCUUGUAAAUACUCUAGAGGCCACAUUUAUUGUCCCAUCUUCCUAAAAUUUGGUCAGAAAAUUUGUGCCAAUGAUAUCUUGGACAAGUUCGAAAAUGGUUCCGAUUGGUUGAAAAACAUGGCCACCAGGGGGCAGGGUAUUUUACCUUAUAUGGCUACUGUUAAACCUUGUGAACACUCUAGAGGUCACAUUUAUUGUUGGAUCAUCAUGAAAUCUGGUCAGAAGAUUUUUUGCAGUUAUUUCUUAAAUGUGUUUGAAAAGGGUUCAGGUAGGUUCAGAAACAUGGCCGCCGGGGGGCAGAGCAUUAGUCCUUAUAAUAAUAUUUAUAUGGCUAUGGUAAAAACUUACUAACACUCUAAAAGUAACAUUGAUUGUCCGAUCAUCAUGAAACUUGGUCAGAACAUUUGUUUUAAUAAUAUCUUGGAUGAGUUCGAAAUAGUUCGGUUUUGUUGAACAUGGUCACCAGGGGGCAGGGAAGUUAUCCAUAUAUGGCUAUAGUAAAACAUUGUUAGCACUCUAAAAGUUACAUUUAUAGUUCACUCUUCAUGAAACUUGGUCCGAAAAUGUGUUCUACUGAUAUCUUGGGUUGCAUAGAACAGGUCAGUCCUUUUGCAUCUCAGGUGAGUGACUUUGUGCCUUUCAGGCCCUCUUGUUUAAUAAUUAUUCUAACACAAUUGAAUAAAUGAUGAUUCUGUUGAUUUUCUUGAAACGUGUUUAUUAUGCCUUAUGUACAAUUAUUUAAAUUGUCAAUUUAAAUAUUUAACAUAUUGCAAUUGUAUUUUCAAGUCUUACUAUAUAAGAAUGGAUGUACAUGUAUUUUAUUUAAUGAAUAUAUAAAAGAAAUCGUAUCAUUUUGAUUAUUAGCAUUGUUGUGUAGCUGUAGUAGUUGUUGUUGUACAUAUCUGAAGACUGUCAUUGUUGAUUUCUUUCUCUUUUUGAAGUAUUUGUUGUUUGUCACGGAAGUAUUUAUUAUGAACAUGUUCAUGAUGCAAUUUGUGCAAAGUUGCAUAGUUAUACUGGUUAAAACAAUUAAAACCAAGUGUGUAACUCAA